AUGGUAGAAAGCAAAGAUGUGACUAUUGCAGACAUAAAUCUUAAGCAGUCUGAAGAAGAAAAAGAAAAAGGAAAUGAGUUUUUGCGUUCAGGAGAUUAUGAAAAUGCUAUAGAUUGUUACAAUAUUGCUGAAUAUUACCAGCCUACCAAUCCAGCUAUUUUUUGCAAUCGAGCUCUAGCAUACUUAAAAUCAAAAAAGUAUGAGAAUGCUAUAGAAGACUGCGAUAAAGCCAUUCAUUUUAAGUCUAAUUAUGCCAAAGCCUAUGUCAGGAGAGGAAAAGCUUAUCUUGCUUUAAAAGAAUAUAGCAAGGCAUCUAAAGACUUUGGAUCUGCUUUAAAGAUUGAGCCAAACAAUAGCGAAAUACAAAAUGACUUGCAAAUAUGCAUGGAAGAACUUUCAAAAAUUAAAAUUAAAAAAGAUGAGAAACCCAGCGAGCUUACUGAAACAAAAAUCGAAGAUGUUUUAAAUUAUGAGAUAAAAAUUGAAGAAUUUGAUGAUGAUGCAUUUAUCAAUCAAAUACUUCAAAUUUGUCAUGAACAAGAAAAAAAGGCUGAAAACUUGUUUAGUGAAGGAAAAUAUGAAGAAGCCAAGCAUCUUUAUGAGGAUACUCUUCAUGAUUUGAUUAAUUUGACUCCGAAGGAUAUUUAUUCAUUGAGCAAAGAAAAAUGCAAAUUUUAUACUAUAGGCAUAUCCUGUAAAUAGCCCAAUAUGGGCUAGGGAUAGAGACCAAAUUUCCCACUUGAUCCGACCAAUCCAUUUUGGGGGAAGUUUUGGCCUUUAUCCCUAGCCCAUAUCCGGCUAUUUACAGGAUAUGCCUAUAGCAUUGCAUCGUGCUACUGCAAGCUUGGGGACUAUAAAAAGGAAAUUGAAUGCUUAAAUCUAGUUAUCAAUUCAAAAUAUGCUUAUGAAAAUCUAAAACUUGAAGCAUACUUAAAUAGAGGACUUUCCUUGGAAAGGCUGAAUAAUUUUAUUGACUCAUUUGAAGAUUUUAAAAAAGCAUCUGAAUUGAGCCCAGAUGAUCCUAAAAUUCAAGAAGCUCUGCAAAGAGUUUUAAAUGUUACAAAAGAAAUUGUUGAAAAUGAAAACAUGAAAGAACUUCUGGAUAAAGAGUCACUUAUCAAUCAAAUUGAAAAAAUGAAAGAGGGAGGAAAUCAGCUGUUUAAAAAGGGCCAAUUGGAAGGGGCAAUAAUCGAAUUUUCUGGGGCAAUUGAAAUAUUAGAGAAAAACACAAGCCAGGAAAUAAUUAUAGAAGAUAAAAGAUUAUCAACCCUUUUAGUUAACUUGCUUAACAAUAGAGCUUUGGUAUAUACAAAACUGGAUUCUUGAAAUAAAGUAAUGCAUGAUACGCAACGUGUCCUGGAUAUUGAUCCUUUAAAUGCAAAAGCCUAUUAUAGAUUAGGAAAAGCAGAAGGAAAUACUGGAGACUAUGGGAAUGCUGCAAAACAUAUGAAAAAAGUAAUGGAAUUUGAGCCUUCUAAUUUAGUUGCAAAAAAUGAUUUUGAAAAUUAUUUGAAUUUAGCAAUUGAAUCUAACUCCCUAUAUCAAAACUAUUAGAAAAUUAACAUUUUGGGAAACUAAGACAUAUAUUUGCAAGGAAAAAUUUAUUUUAUAUACAAAUUUUUAUAUAUAAUUUUUUAUUCCAAUAUAACUCUUUAAUUUGUUUGGAUCGUUCUAGAACAAUACCUAAAGAGGUAAAUUAGCGAUCUGAAACGUCAGACUGAAAAUUAAAAUGCUAUUAUCAUGGCAAAUUCAUAUUUGGCUUGGCAAGCAGAACCUAUAUAAAUAAAAUUUGUCAAAUUAUAUCUGUACUUGUCAGAGCAUUGACAGUGCUAUUUUCAUUUUGAAUUGUCAGAUUGAUAAAUUUACCUCUUUAGGUAUUUUUUCUCAGCGAUCUAAGCUAUAUAAUCUCUCAAGUUAAUCAAUUCAAUUAUUUCUUUCAAAUUUUUGAAAGUUUGAGGAGUAAGAAAAAGUCCCAGGCUGCCAAAGAAGAUAUUAAAAUUGAUGAUGCAAAGCCAAAAGUUGAGGUAAAAACAAAAAACAGUAAAAAUGAAAUUGAAGAAACAAAAGCAAUACAUAAGCAGAGCAACAAUUUUUCUCAAAGCCAAAAGAAAUUUGUUGAUGAUGCUCUGGAAAUGGCUGAAAAAGAGUCUUCAAGGCGCAAUAAUCCUAGAAGAAUAAGCUCUUCAGAAUUUGAAGGUAGCAUCAACUCAUUUCGGUCGGAUUGCUUCCAAAUUUAUAAUUAUAUACACGUAUUUUCUAUAUAGAAUUUUCCAAUAGAAGAAAUUAGCUUGAUCUACAAAAAUAAACCAAUGAACCCCGAUGUGCUUAGCAAGAUAAUCAAAGCUAUAUAUCAAAACGCCAAAAAUGAUAGCGAAUGGCUAACUCAAUUUAUUAUCGAACUGUCCAAUACUUCUGGCUUCAUAAAAAACAUGAAAUUUAUGUCAGGCCAAGAAAAGAAAUGUCUAAAAGAAAUUAUCUCAGAGAUGUCUGCAGACGAAAGCACAAAACUCAGGAUAAUAAAUUCUAUAAUAUAA